CUCCUCCAUAGCACACCACAACACCAUCCUCUGAAGACUUCUCUACUCUCAGCCAUAUAAAAAACCCCCUCACCCCCUCCUUUUUCUCUCAGCUUGACGUUCCCUUCUAUAGAGAACACCAAGCUUAAACCUCCCUAGCCCCGGCACAAAAUAUAUAAAUUAAUAGAUAUAUAAACAAUCCCCUUAAUUUCUCUCUAAUCUCCAUUUCCAGUUCGUUUUUUCAAGAAUUAGAAAUUAACUAUGCAGUCGCUAUCUCCUCCAUCUCCAAUCAAGUCCCUGAUCCGGCCACGGCCUCGGGUCAUCCGAGGGAGUCCCAACAAACUCGUCCUCCAAUGCAUCUACCGUUCCGACUCGGUAUCUUUCCCGAACGGCGUCGGUUCGAACAGGGCAGAUUGGCAAAGUUCCUGUUCUAUACUAGCAAGCAAAGUGGUAGCUCAACAACAGCCAACCGAUAAAUCUAGUAGAAGUGGCGAUGUUGACGGUGGAGCAGAUCACGUGGCUGCAGUUAACGGCCACAAGACAUCUAUGGACUUAAACCUUGUCCCGAUAGAAAAAACCGCGAGCUCGAACAACAACAGCAGCAUCAAGCCUCAUCAGCCUCAAAAACCGUUAACGAUAACUGACUUAUGUCCCGCCCCUAUGCAUGGGUCCCAUCUCCGAGUCGCGUACCAAGGAGUUCCAGGCGCGUACUCUGAAGCUGCUGCAGGAAAAGCUUACCCCAACUGUGAAGCGAUUCCUUGUGACCAGUUUGAGGUUGCUUUUCAAGCUGUCGAGCUUUGGAUAGCCGAUCGUGCUGUUUUACCUGUCGAAAACUCACUCGGUGGAUCUAUUCACCGGAAUUAUGACCUCCUCCUCCGUCACCGACUCCAUAUAGUAGGUGAGGUUCAGUUACCGGUCCACCACUGCCUCCUUGCCCUCCCUGGAGUCCGAAAGGAGUAUAUUAACCGCGUCAUUUCGCACCCACAAGCUCUUGCUCAAUGCGAAUUAACGCUGACCAAACUCGGUCUCCAGGCUGCGCGUGAGGCCGUGGAUGAUACAGCAGGUGCUGCUGAGUAUAUUGCUGCCAACAACCUCCGUGACACGGCGGCGAUUGCUAGUGCACGCGCUGCGGAGCUUUAUGGGAUGCAGGUGCUUGCUGAUGGGAUCCAAGACGAUUCAAGUAAUGUCACACGCUUUGUUAUGUUGGCGCGUGAGCCGAUUAUACCGAGAACGGACAGGCCGUUUAAGACAAGCAUCGUGUUCGCUCAUGAUAAAGGGACGAGUGUGCUGUUCAAGGUGCUUUCAGCUUUUGCGUUUAGAAACAUCAGUUUGACGAAGAUUGAAUCAAGGCCGCAUAGGAACCGUCCGAUUAGGUUAGUUGAUGAUGGGAAUGUGGGGACAGCAAAGCAUUUUGAGUACAUGUUUUAUAUUGAUUUUGAAGCAUCCAUGGCUGAGGUUAGAGCACAGAAUGCAUUGGCUGAGGUUCAAGAAUUCACAUCAUUCUUGAGGGUGUUAGGGAGCUAUCCCAUGGACAUGACACCUUGGUGUCCAUCAAGAGGAGAGGAUGAUGAUGAUGAUGAGAAAAACCCAUUUUAAUUAUCAAGAAAAGGUGUAAUUAUUUGCACAAAAAUGGGUUUUAAUUUAUUUUUCUUUUUUCUUAUCUGUUGGGAAUUUUUAAUUCUACAAUGAACAAAGAAGUUGUUGAUAAUGACAAUGACAAUGAUGAUAUGAUAAUGAUGUUGUUGUUGUUGCAGUAA